AUGAAAAAGGUGCAAUUUUCAUUGCGUCGGAUUGAUUAUGUUCGAAGUCGGUCUCAUCACGGUGAAUAUGAUAGCGGAAGAGAGAGUCCAGUGCCAAGAGCGGGCAGUGCGAUUGUUCGUCGCCGACGACAUCGGUCGGCAAAAACCUGGUCAAAGAAUGUCAAAACCAUCCAUCCAAAAUCAUCACGAGCAUCAAUCGAGCAAUUAAUGAAAUUAAUACUGGAACAAGGUGAAACUAUUCAACAGCAAUUAUCUAAAUUGAGAGAUCGAGAGAACGAAAUUGCCUCAUUCGAAAAUGAGCAUCGUACGCACCGUCGUCAUGUUGAAAAUAGAAUGGGCAAAAAUUAUUUGCUCGAAACAUAUUUGAAUGGUUUAUUGGAGGUGUACGCAGAUAGUGGAGAAAAUACAGAAGAUGGUGGUGAGCAGAGUGCAAAUAAUAACAAUGCCAACGGCAUCGAUGAAAUUGAUAAAGUAAUAACGACACCUGGAAAUAGCGAUAGCGGUGUUAAUACAGAAGAUAUAGCAACAUCACCUGAAGUAUGUCUUUCAUCUCAAUUAACGAAUGGAAGCAGCACAAGCAGUGCCGAUAACAACAAUGAUGGUAAAAGAACUUGCAUCACAGCCAAACUAAUGGAUACGAAAUCAUUGAAGGACAUUUGUAAGCGUCUAACAACGAAGAAAGGUAAAAAAGAGAAAAAUCAAUCAACAAGUCGCGAGGAAAAACUAAUAGACGAGCACAAGAGUCGUAAGGAAUUUUGCGAAAAAAUGGAAAAGAUAAAUAAAGAUAACGCCAAUGAAAAUGCACGUAAACCGCUAAAUGAACAUUUAGCUGGACAAAUUGAACUACUCGAAAAAGUUAUUGCAAUCAAUAAGCACAUUCAACGCGAAGAAGAGCUAUUAGUGCGUUUAAAUGCAAAAAUCCGUAAAUAUGAAUUUGACGAUCCAAAUCUUACGGAAACUGAAAUGCGGAGAGCACUCGAACAAAUUAACACAAAUAUUGAGACAAGUAAUUCAGAGCUUGUGAAAACGGAACAAGAAUUGAAUGCAUCCGAUCAAAUGUUAAUGACCAAGUCAAAAAUUGUUAAGGAGUUAAGCUGUGAGCUGGAAGCGCUUGAGAUUGAUAUUCAUACAAAUCAGAAUCUAAUUCAAGUUCCGAGCCAUCAUAUACAAAUUCAUAGCACCAACACUGAAGAAUCGCAUGACAUCCAACAGAAUCAAAUAGAACAAUUUCAACAUCAUCAUAAAAAUCCACACCAAAUACAACAACAAUCACAUGUACCAUCUACACAUCAGACAAAUGAAACAAAUCAAAUGCCGAUAGCAAUAUUAUCAAGUAACUCAAAUAACUCCAUGAAAACUGGAACAUUACCAAAACUUAUUUCAUCUGUUUUUAAAAAAAAUACACCAAUCAACUCCGGCACCAUACCAAAAACUCAUCACCGUAACAUGUGCAACCAAAUACCGUCACCAAAUAUUGAACGAACAACAAAUACCACGUCUAUUCCAUCGAAUAAUACUGCUAUAUACAUUGCCAAUCAAUCGUUUCAUCUGCCCGAUCACGUAAUACUCAGCCAGGCUCCGUUAUUCUUUCAAAAGGAUACAUUUAAUGGCAAUUUUAUGCAAUCAACUGACCAAAGAAAUAUAAACAAUAACAAAAACAAAAGCCCAACUACCAUCACCAAUAACACCAACUACUCGAACCACACCAUUAGUAAUUUAACUGAUAACAAUAGCAUUAAUCUCAACAACAUGAAUAUAAAUCCAUCGAUGCCAAGCUGUGAAAAAGUCGGGACAAAGAAAUUGAUAAAUGGUUUUUACAAAGAUCCAGAUACUGGUAAUCCUGGACUCAGUUUGCUCGGCGAAGAUGGUUUAUUGCAAAAUAUCGGUACGUUGGUAUGAGCAAGCUCAUCUAAUUUCACGUAUUUUAUUUAUUACAGAAACAUUUCUAAUUAAUAAUAAGUAGCACAUAUUUACAAUAAUAAAAGCAAUUUUACUCGCUUUUUUAUAGAUCACCAAUUUCUCCUUGAAUAAAAGAAUUUUUAUAUCCUUAUUAUAAUCAAAUGAUGAAAUAAUAAUAUUAAAAACCUAAAUCGCUAUUUAAU